CCGUCAUCUAGAGUGAGGGAUGUUGUAGCUGUGUUCUGUGUGGAGGAUGGAAUCACAGCUUGGGAAGCCCCUGUCUCACCAGUGGACUGGCCACUGGGAAGGUGGUGUCGUGUGAGACCUUCCUGAACUGGUGGUUUUUUUCCCGUCUGUCAACAGAUUUGCCAACAUUACAACAAAGGAGAUGGACCCCAUGGCUCUUGUGCCUUUCAAAAACAGUGCAUCAAGCUCCAUAUCUGCCAGUAUUUUUUACAGGGGGAAUGCAAGUUUGGCAAGAGCUGUAAGAGAUCCCAUGAUUUCUCUAAUUCUGAGAAUCUGGAAAAAUUGGAGAAGUUGGGUAUGAGCUCAGACCUGGUGAGCAGGCUGCCUUCCAUUUAUAGAAAUGCACAUGACAUCAAGAAUAAGAGCUCUGCCCCCAGCAGAGUGCCUCCUCCUUUUGUCCCACAGGGGACUUCUGAAAGAAAAGACAGUUCAGGUUCUGUGUCCCCAAACACUCUUAGCCAGGAGGAGGGUGAUCAGAUCUGUCUGUACCAUAUCCGGAAAAGUUGUAGCUUUCAAGAUAAGUGCCAUAGAGUUCAUUUCCAUUUGCCGUAUCGAUGGCAAUUCUUGGAUAGAGGCAAAUGGAAGGAUUUGGACAAAAUGGAACUUAUCGAAGAGGCAUAUUGCAAUCCCAAAAUAGACAGGAUCCUGUGCUCUGAGCCAGCCAAUACCUUUCACUCUGAUUGUCUGAACUUUAACGCCAUGACUUACGGUGCUACCCAGGCUCGCCGCCUCUCCACAGCCUCCGCUGUCACCAAACCUCCACACUUCAUCCUCACCACUGACUGGAUUUGGUACUGGAGUGAUGAGUUUGGUUCUUGGCAGGAAUAUGGAAGACAGGGCACAGCGCACCCUGUGACCACUGUCAGCAGUAGCGACGUGGAGAAGGCCUACCUGGCCUACUGCACACCGGGGUCUGACGGCCAGGCAGCCACCUUGAAGUUCCAGGCCGGAAAGCACAACUACGAGUUAGAUUUCAAAGCAUUCAUUCAGAAAAACCUGGUCUAUGGCACAACUAAAAAGGUUUGCCGCAGACCCAAAUAUGUGUCUCCCCAGGAUGUGACGACCUUGCAAACCUGCAAUACCAAGUUUCCAGGCCCGAAGAGCAUCCCAGACUAUUGGGACUCCUCUGCCCUGCCAGACCCAGGCUUUCAGAAGAUCACCCUUAGUUCUUCCUCGGAAGAGUAUCAGAAGGUCUGGAACCUCUUUAACCGCACGCUGCCUUUCUACUUUGUUCAGAAGAUUGAGCGAGUACAGAACCUGGCCCUCUGGGAAGUCUACCAGUGGCAAAAAGGACAGAUGCAGAAGCAGAAUGGAGGGAAGGCCGUGGACGAGCGGCAGCUGUUCCAUGGCACCAGCGCCAUUUUCGUGGAUGCCAUUUGCCAGCAGAACUUUGACUGGCGGGUCUGUGGUGUUCAUGGCACUUCCUAUGGCAAGGGGAGCUACUUUGCCCGAGAUGCUGCGUAUUCCCACCACUACAGCAAAUCCGACACGCAGACCCACACAAUGUUCCUGGCCCGGGUGCUGGUGGGCGAGUUCGUCAGAGGCAAUGCCUCCUUUGUCCGCCCCCCAGCCAAGGAGGGCCGGAGCAACGCCUUCUAUGAUAGCUGCGUGAACAGCGUGUCUGACCCAUCCAUCUUUGUGAUCUUUGAGAAACAUCAGGUCUACCCGGAGUAUCUCAUCCAGUACACCACCUCCUCCAAGCCCUCGGUUACGCCCUCCAUCCUGCUGGCCUUGGGCUCCCUGUUCAGCAGCCGACAGUGAGUGCACCAGAGUGUUCCAGGCCUUUCGCCUGCUCUGCCUUGAAAUGGCAAUUUGGGCCUUUCCUUUUCUUUUUAAAGAGAAAACUUUUAAUGAACUAUUCAUUUAAUGUUGACGUCUCAAUGAAGUUAUAUUAUUAAUCUAUUGCUAAUAAUGAUUUUUACUUUUAAGUCACUUUUGGGCUCACUAGUGGACUAACCAGAAGUGAUUGUAGUUGAGUCCAGUUUUUGCUUUUUAAUAAUGUGUUGAAGUUCUAGUUUUUACUCUUUGUUGACUUUGCUGCUUAUUGGCACCAGGGACAGAGUUUCUAGAUACAAUUUUAUGGAUUGGUUUUAAUUUUUAUGAGUUUGUCUCUGCAGUGAUUCGGUUUUUCAGAGUCUCAUGGCAUCAUAGUUUUACCAGAAUGACACAGUAGCCACUGGUGGAGGACAGCCCAGGGGUGGCAUAGUCACUUCCGCCUGUUGCUCUGACACCAACCCAGGCAGCUCUGCUGUGGCUUCUCCUGGGCUCUGGCAUUAGUUGGUCUGUGUCACAUUGUCAGAACAGGUGGCUGCUAUGUGGUGCCAUCGAGUCCCUGCUGGUUCCCCUUGUCCUGGUAGGGUCACCCAUUGCCCAAGGAAGCACAUCCACUUGGCAGGUGACCUGGAGGAGUAGCUUCCCCAAGGACCCCCAGGCUUGGCCUGUGAGUGCCCAAACCCACAUUUCCUAAGCACACUGGACACCCUCUGAAUGCGGGUUUUAAUAAACAUCCCCAUGAGAUUGAAUACCUGUGCCACACAUGUCACAAAAGAGUAUGGAAAUAAAAGAAAAUUUAUCCAAAGUGGA